UCACCAUAUAGUAUAUACUUACAGAACCAUCAAAGAGAGAGAGAUCUAUAGUUAUUAAUGGAGGGCAAGAAAAACACCAUUAGUAUACUCAUGUUACCAUGGUUAGCCCAUGGUCACAUAAGUCCAUUUUUAGAGCUAGCCAAAAGACUUACAAAGAGGAAUUUCCACAUUUACAUGUGUUCUUCUCCUGUAAAUCUAAACUCUAUCAAGAAAAGUGUGACAGAAAAAUAUUCUAAAUCAAUUGAAUUAGUUGAGCUUCAUCUUCCAUCUUUACCAAAUCUUCCUCCUUAUUACCACACUACAAAUGGCCUCCCACCCCAUCUUAUGAACACCCUUAAAACAGCUUUUGAAAGGUCAAGUCCAAAUUUUUCCAAAAUAUUGCAAACUUUAAAUCCUGAUUUGGUCAUUUAUGACUUUAUCCAGCCGUGGGCUGCUACGUUCGCGUCUUCUAUGAACAUUCCUGCUGUGCAAUUCCUCACUUUUAGCGCUGCUGUCCUUGCUUUUGCCUUUCACAUGUUUGAAAAGCGGGGGGAAGACUUCCCAUUUCCUGAAAUUUACCUGCGUAAAUACGAGAUGGUUCAGAUGAAGAAAAUUAUGGAAGAAUCAAAAGAUGAUAAGUCCCCAUUCGACGAGGCACUUAGGAAAUCUCGCGACUUUAUUUUAGUGAAAACUUGCAAAGAGUUUGAAGGGAAAUAUAUGGAUUAUUUUUCAAGUUUGGUUUCUAAGAAAAUAGUCCCGGUUGGUUCACUCGUUCAAGAUUCUGUCAACGAAGAUAAUAAUGAUGAAAUCACACAAUGGCUUGACAAGAAAGAAAAAAGUUCAACUGUGUUUGUUUCAUUUGGGAGUGAGUAUUUUUUAUCCAAAGAAGAAAUACAUGAAGUAGCUCAAGGACUAGAGCUUAGUAAAGUGAACUUUAUUUGGGUCAUUAGGGUUCCACAAGGUGUAAAAAAUAGUACUAUUCAAGAUGCAUUACCAAAAGAAUUUCUUGAAAAGGUAGAAGAUAGAGGAAUGGUUUUGGAAAAAUGGGCUCCACAAGCAACAAUUCUUAAACAUAAAAGUAUUGGCGGUUUUGUGAGUCAUUGUGGAUGGAGUUCUUUUAUGGAAAGUGUGAAAUUUGGUGUGCCUAUAAUUGCAAUGCCAAUGCAUAUUGACCAACCAAUGAAUGCUAAGCUUGUGGAAUAUGUUGGGAUAGGACUUGAAGCAGUGAGAGAUGAUGAUAAUGGGAAGUUACAAAGUAAAGAGAUUGCAAAGGUGAUAAGGAAAGUGGUAGUAGAGGGAAGUGGGGAGGAUGUGAGGAAAAAAGUUAGAGAAUUGAGUGAGAAAAUGAAUGCAAAAGGUGAUGAAGAGAUAGAUGGAGUGGUGGAAGAGCUUGUUGCACUGUGUAACAAUAAAUAAUUAGCAAUAAGAUUAUAGUCAUAUUCACAUCCUUUGGCGCAGCAUUUAAACCAGGGCAUCAUUUUAUUUUACAAAGCAUUUUUAUGCUAUUAUUGUAAUUUAAUUGUUGUAAUAGUUUAUUUAUCAAAUUUGUCAGAGGUAGCUAGUAA